AUGAAAUUAAUUAAGUCAACCGUUCAUGAUGAUUUCUUCCGUCUAAUUAUUAUCACAUCACUCGUAUGCGGAUUAGAGUUUUGUACAGCAUCAGCAUUUACUUUUAUUCCACCAAUGUUACUUAAGGCUGGAAUAUCAGAAUCUUCAAUGACAUGGAUCAUGGGCUGUGGCCCAUUAUUAGGUUUUCUUCUUUGUCCAGGUAUCGGUCAUUCUAGUGAUCAUUGUCGAUCUCCGCUUGGAAAACGACGUCCAUUCAUACUUGGAUUUUGUUUAGCAAUUAUAUUUUGUCUCAUUUUAAUUCCGCAAAGUGAAGCAAUCGGUGAAAUAUUUCAAGCGCCUUCAAUAGGCAUCGGUUUACUAGUAGUUACGUGUAUUCUAUUUGACUUUGCUGCUCAAGCGUGCUUCAACCCGUGUGAAUCUUUAAUAUAUGAUGUAUGCAAAGGUACAUCUCAAGAAUCGUCAUGCUUUUAUGUAUAUUCAUUUAUGACAUCAUUUGGCGGAUGUCUUGGGUAUUUAAUUACCGCAACUGAUUGGACACAAACAUUUCUUAGUAAUUACAUACAAGGACAAGAAAAGUCAACAUUUAUCGUAAUUUUAUUAUUUUUUUCUAUAACCCUUUGUUGUACACUAAUAUCAGCUAAUGAAAAAGUUUCGACAAUGAACGAUUAUUUGGAUGGACAAUUAAGAUUAGAUGAUAUUCAUAAUAAUUGUAAUUAUUUAUUUCCUAUUGAAAUUUUUAAAAGUAUUUUUUCUUCAAUAUCAAAGUCAGUUAGAACUAUAAUUACAAUGCCAUUUGUUUUACGACGUUUAACAUUAGCUGAAUGCUGUUCAUGGUCAGCAAUAAUGACAUUUAAUAUAUUUUUUACCGAUUUCGUUGGCCAAACGAUCUAUAUGGGUGAUCCAAAUGCCGAUGAAUUUUCUGAAGAACGUUUAAGAUAUGAUCAAGGCAUACGCGCCGGUUCAUAUGGUUUACUUUUGCAUUGUGUUGUUGGUGCACUUUAUGCACCGUUAAUUAAACCGCUUAUCAAUCGAUUCGGCGUUCAUUUAACAUUUUCAUUUGGUAUGCUUGUAUUUGCAUUAUCUAUGGUUGUUAUUUAUGUAUCAAGAAGUAUAAUUAUUGUUAACAUUAUGGCAUCACUAUCUGGUCUUGGCAUGGCAUCGUUAACAUCAAUACCUUAUACACUUGUGAUGGUGUAUCAUGCUAAUAGAGAAAUCUACUUUGUUGAUAAUCAUAAAAUUCAAACCUACGGCAUAGGUACCAUAUUAGGUAUCCUUGAUAGUACAUAUUUUGCAUCACAAAUUCUUUCUUCAUUGGUCAUGGGUUAUAUUAUGUUAAUAUUUAAAUCGACUCUUUCAUAUAUUGUCACAAGUUUUGUACUUGCUAUUUGUUCCAUUUGUUUUAUAAAUCGUAUUGUGAUAAAUGGGCAUCAACUAAACGGAUUAAUCCGAAAUGGUAAAUAG